UAUGGCCCCGUUGAGACCUCACAACAAGCAUUCUAACGAUAGGUCUAAGCUCCGCCACUGACCUAUCUCACCGCAUCGGCUAACAAAUCGAUAACCACGGCAUGCAGUUUAGAGCACCCAUAAUCCUGCCAGCACCUGAAGACAAGUGCUGAGUGAUGGGCUCCCGGGCAAUCAGCUUUGAUAUGGAUGAUAUAUGACCGUGUCACUUGACUCCCUUAUCCGCACGGGCAAUGCCCAAUGGUAAUCGCCGUUCGUGGCUAUAAAAGGCCCUAGAGGGCAGUUAGUUAGCCAGCCAACGUCGAAGAGCGCAACCUCCUCCAACAUGUUCCUGCAGAUGGUCACUUUGCUAGCCCUGUUGGCGAUCACGAAUGCCGACGUCAUCCCCCUGGGUCUGGUACCCCAAUCUCCACAGGAUGGCAGGAUCGUGGGCGGGACAACCUCUUCCAUUGAGGAACGUCCCUGGCAGGUGUCCCUUCAGCGUUCCGGAGCGCAUUACUGCGGAGGCUCAAUCAUUAGCAGCAAAAUCAUCGUUACCGCCGCCCACUGCCUGGACUCCCCGACAACGGUGUCCAACCUUCGGGUUAGAGCGGGAUCCAACAAGAGAACCUACGGAGGCAUUCUCAUCCAGGUCGCUGCCAUUAACGCGCAUGAAGGAUAUAACUCCGAGACCAAGGUCAACGAUAUCGGUGUGCUGCGUCUGCAGUCGUCGCUGACCUUUGGCUCCAGCAUCAAGGCCAUUGCGAUGGCAACCGUGACGCCAUCCCACGGAUCGGCUGCCAGCAUCUCGGGCUGGGGCAAGACCUCUUACUCCGGCGGCUCCUCCUCGGCGACGCUGCUCUACGCGGACACCAAAAUAGUUGGCCGUACGCAGUGCGCCAGUUCAACGUACGGAUACGGCUCCUACAUCAAGGCGACCAUGAUCUGCGCAGCGGCGGCGAACAAGGACGCGUGCCAGGGCGACUCUGGCGGACCUCUGGUAUCCGGAGGUCAAUUAGUGGGCGUCGUCUCCUGGGGACGGGAGUGCGCCCUCGCCAAUUAUCCUGGCGUGUUCGCCAACGUGGCCGAACUCCGGGAUUGGGUCCUCCAGGCCCAAAAGUCUGUCUAGUUUAAGUUAGGAGCAAUAAAACCAACUCGUAAUUGUAA